AUGGUGAGGCAACCAAUAUCCUGGAGCAGAACAUUGCUAAAGAAAGGAACAUGGAGCCCUGAAGAAGAUCAGAAGCUGAUUACCUAUAUCAUGAGACAUGGCAUUUGGAAUUGGAAUGAAAUGCCCAAAUAUGCUGGCUUGUCAAGAUCAGGGAAGAGUUGCAGACUUCGUUGGAUGAAUUACUUGAGGCCUAACAUAAAGCGUGGAAACUUCACCAGGGAAGAAGAAGAAGCCAUAGUCCACCUGCAAAAGAUGAUAGGAAAUCGAUGGUCGGCAAUUGCAGCAAUGCUGCCACAAAGAACUGACAAUGAUAUAAAAAACUACUGGAACACUCGCUUGAAGAGAAGAGUGGAGAACAAUUUAACAUCAGCAACUACAUCACCUACAGGAAAUAAUUCAUGUAUGGAAAUCGAGCAGAAGAAUUCCUUUGAUGCUGAUUCCUCAUUCCUCAAUACUUUGUUGGAGUUGGACUCGGCAAUUCCUACGUUGGAGGACUUCCCACAGCCAGCCACUUAUGAAUUUUAUCCAUCAGAGAACACAUACACAGAGGACAAUUUUGUUUCAUCUCAAGAGUCUUGGGAAAUACAGAGUUUACUGGAGCAGCCACUGACCGUUGAAGCAUUUGACUCCGAGGAUUGCCAAGCUAUGCCGCCAAAUUCUCAGCCGUGGCUCCAUGAACCCAUAUAUUUGUAUGAAUCCUACUCUAAUCCUGUGGAUGAUUUCUGGGUCAAUCCAUUUAUUUAG